UGUCAACGUCAAAAUUAAUCAAAUUCGUAAACGAGAAGGGUGUUUGGUGGGCGAUUUCGAUGUUUUCUAUUUAAAAUAGUUAUUUACAUCGAUUGCUUAACAAGAACCAACUUUUAGAUUAAUCCAGAUCCGACGAAAAUAUUAUUUCUGUUUACUUUGAUCCGAUAGAGUGCUUGUCAGUGGGUAGUAACUAUGGAAGAAGUGGAUUCUAUUAUAUUGCAUUUCCUUCGCUCAUUAAAUAUCAAUAUCAAUGAUGAGAUCAAGAAUAUUAACGAAUUGCCUGUUCACAUCAUCAUUGAGUCAGCAUCAACAUGUUUAAGUGCAAUUAAUCCGUCUAUAAAAGUAACCAAGAACUUGCCAUCUGGCAUAUCUCAUAGGAUAGAAGUUGCUUCUCAAAUAGCAUCUGUUUGUAAGGACUUAGGCUACAAGAAUGAUGUAGGUUAUCAAACCUUCUUGUACCACAAUGAAUGUGAGCUUAGACAAGUGUUUAUGUUUUUGAUUGAAAGGCUACCUAAUGAAGGCAAACAGGUGUCUGCAAGCUUACCCUCGGCUAACAAGAAAUCUUUGCUCAAACAAGACAUCAGCAACAAAAUUGCAGAAGAAUUAAAAUCUAUUUGGAUCCCACCUUGCUGUAAACCUAAUUCUAAUAAGAUUGGAGACUUUAGUACUAUAGGUGUGAAUACAUCUUACAGUCAGAUAAAUUUGAGUGAUGAACAAGUAAUAGAAAAGCUACUAAAAAUAAAAGAGCUAAGCAAAACUAGUGUGUCCCUGAAAUCAAGUGAACCAGUCAAGGAACCAAGUACAGAUGAACAGACUGUUGUUGAAAAGCCUGCAGUAAAACAAGAUCCAAACAAGAGUCUUAAAGAAUUAAAAGAAAUGGCAAUUGUAUUGAGACAGAAAUUAGACACUCUUGAGAGUGAGAAGAAUGUUAUGGAAGUUGAAUAUUCUCAGGCACAAAAAUCGUUUGAAAAAGCUGAAGCAGAUUUGAAAAAUGUCCACAACAUUCUCACAAGUAUUGGUGUAACUGAUGUUGAUGCUGAUGGUGUUACGGAUGGUUUGAUAGAAAAAGUACAAAAGAACAUCAACAGCUUACACAGGCAGAGUGAAGAAUUAACUUCCAGGAACCUCUCUCUAAUGGUUGAAAUAGAUAAAAUUACCAGCAGUAUGGACAUGAUGGAAUCUGAAAGGAGCAGAUGUAAAAAGAUUUUGACCACUUUAAAAGAAACAGCAAAGGCAUUGAAAGAAGAAUGUGAGAAGAAAGAAAUUUUGGGCAGUCAAUUGAAGGAGAGUUAUGGGAAACUGAGAGGUGGCAAUAAGAGAUCAAUUUAUACAAAACGUAUUUUGGAGAUAAUAAGCAAUGUUGAUAAACAAAACAUGGAAAUAAAGAAGAUAUUGGAUGACACAAGACAGUUACAAAAAGAAAUAAAUACUUUGGAAGGUCAAUUAGACAGAUGCUUCUCAAUAGCUGAUGAAACUCUCUUCAGGGAUGCUAAAAAGGAUGACCAAGCAAAGAAGGCAUACAAACUUCUAGCUCUUUUACAUUCAGAGUGCAAUACAAUUGUAUCACUUGUCAACGAUACUGGCACUUUGGCAAGGGACAUUGUUGAUUUAGAAGAAAAUAUUAAGACUGAGACUGCCAAGAGAACUGAAGAUACUCUGAGGAAAAUACAGCUUGAUCUCACCAGGAUCCAGGAAGAAGCUUAAGCAUUUAUAUAUGUGCUUCUUGCCUUAUUUAAAAUUACAUUACAUAAUUAUUAUUUGUAUCAUUCCAUAUUAAUACUAAUGGUAGCAAUACAAAGUGUAUCAAAUAACACACUUAAAUUAUAUAUCUCAUGUAAAUUAUAUUAAAGUUUUAAUAUAUUGUAUAAAUUAAUGUUCAAUAAAAUAACCAUCUAUGUAA